AUGGCCAGGCAGCAUCAGCAACAGCAGCAACAACAGCAGCAGCAGCAGCAGCACGUCCACCUUUUCAAUGCCCAUCGCAGCAAUGCUGGCAGCAUUGGCGAAGACGGCCACCUGGAUGCCAGCGAGCAGGGCGCCCUGCGCAACGGCCGCAGUGCUCUUGCGCUGGUGGACGAUGAUGGCGACGAAGGCAAUGGCACGCUGCGCCUCGGCGCACGCACAGCUGCGCAUUCGCUGGGCCGAAUCCAUUUCGGCGCUGCGCAGGCGCGGGGCAUGCGGCCUUACAUGGAGGACCGCCACUGCGUGGUGGCCGCGAUGCAGCUGCUGUCGAGCGCCCAGGGCGGUGGCGCGCAGGCUGGGGCGCCGCUGCCAUCUGACGGUGUUCCUCGCAGCUACGCAGCCAUCUUUGACGGACACAACGGUGCUGGUGCUGCUGACCUGGCGGCUGCACGCCUGCAUGUACUGCUGGCAGCUCACCCAGCGCUUCGCAUGCACACGGGCGAGCUGGGCCCCCCGGCAGUUGCGCGUGCAGAGGAGGUCGCGAUCGCAGGCGCGCUGCGGUCAGCGUUCGGGCAGGUGGACGAGGCCACGCUGGCGGUGUCGAGGCGGGAGGGCGUGCGCGAUGGCGCGACAGCCCUGGUGGUCCUGCGGCUAGGGCAGGUGCUGUACGCGGCACACGCGGGCGACAGCAGAGCAGUGAUGUGCCGUGACGGAGCUGCCCUACGCCUGACGGAAGAUCACAAACCGCACCUGCCGCGGGAGCGCGCGCGCAUCGAGGACGCAGGUGGCCGCGUCGACUUCCAGCGCUGCUGGCGCGUUGUGGUGGAGCCUCGCGAUGGGCGGCCGGGUAGCGGCCUUGCCGUCUCCAGGUCCCUGGGCGACCUGGACUUCAAGGAACCCCACAAGUACGUCGAAUGUGAGCCUGAUGUGCUGCGAGUGGCCAUGCGGCCGCUGCAGGCAUCUGGCUGUGGCGAUGCAUUCAUAAUUCUGGGCAGCGAUGGGCUGUGGGACGUGCUCAGCGACGAGGACGCUGUGCACUGUGCCAAGCGCGCGUUUCAGGCGUCUAGGAGUGGAGAGGGCAAAGUUGCGGAUGGCGAUGCAGAGGCCAAGGCAGCGGCGGACGCGCUGCUAGAGGAAAGCUUGCGGCGUGGCACUGCUGACAAUGUGACAGUUGUAGUCAUGCUGCUAGCCUGGGCUUAG